CAAAUUCCAGGGAGGCGGGGCGGAGACGGCGGGCGCGGAGGCCGCAGCAGCGGCGGCGGCGGCGCUGGCGGCCGGAUCGGGAUCCGCUGUGGCUCGGGCGGCGCCUCCCUGCGGCGGCCCCGGCCCGACUCCGGCCCCCGCCGGGGCAAUGCUCCCGGGGGCUGCGCGAUGAGCCAGUAACUCAGCCAGCCCGGGCAUGGCAGACCUAGUGGCGGGCAUCGCGGGCUCAGCGGCCAAGAGCGUGCGGCCAUUCCGCUCAAGCGAGGCCUACGUGGAGGCCAUGAAGGAGGACCUGGCCGAGUGGUUCAACGCCCUGUAUGGCCUGGGCCUGCCCGGUGGCGGCGAUGGCUUCCUGGCGGGGCUGGCCACGGGCACUACCCUGUGCCAACAUGCCAACGCUGUCACCGCGGCUGCCCGUGCUCUGGCUGCCACCCACCCGGCCCACGGCGUGGCCUUCCAGAUGCACAGCGUGGCUCCCGGCUCCUUCGUGGCCCGGGACAAUGUGGCCACAUUCAUCGGCUGGUGCCGCGUGGAGCUGGGCGUGCCUGAGGUGCUCAUGUUCGAGACGGAGGACUUGGUGCUGCGUAAGAAUGAGAAGAGUGUGGUGUUGUGCCUGCUGGAGGUGGCACGCCGGGGGGCCCGCCUCGGCCUGCUCGCCCCCCGCCUUGUGCAGUUCGAACAGGAGAUCGAGUGUGAGCUGCGCGCGGGGCCACCGGCUCCCAAUGCCCCUGCCUCGGGGGAGGACUCCGCAGAGGCUGCUGCUGCCCCAGGGGCCCCCACCCGUGGGCCCCGCAUGACGCCCAGCGACCUGCGCAAUCUAGACGAGCUGGUGAGGGAGAUCCUGGGCCGCUGCACCUGCCCAGACCAGUUCCCCAUGAUCAAGGUCUCGGAGGGGAAGUACCGUGUGGGAGACUCCAGCCUGCUCAUCUUUGUGCGGGUACUGAGGAGCCACGUGAUGGUACGUGUGGGCGGCGGCUGGGACACGCUGGAGCACUACCUGGACAAGCAUGACCCCUGUCGUUGCUCCUCCACCGCCCACCGCCCGCCCCAGCCGCGGGCCCGCACCUUCUCCCCCCAGAGGGGGUCGCCCACCCCCAGCCCCCGCGCGGGCAGCCCGUCUCCCGGGGGUGAGCGCCGGGGCUCUCGGCCCGAGGUGACUCCCAUUAGCCUCCGCAGUUCCAAGGAGGGAGGCGAGACCCCACUCAGGCCCCGCGAUCAGCUGCCCCCUCAUCCCCGCUCCCGCCGCUACUCCGGGGACAGUGACUCCUCAGCCUCCUCCGCCCAGAGUGGCCCCCUCAGUGGUACCCGCAGUGACGACACGGGCACUGGGCCUCGGAGGGAGCGGCCCAGCCGGCGGCUGACCACAGGCACCCCUGCCUCCCCGAGACGGCCCCCAGCCCCUCGCAGCCAGUCCCGGGACCAGCUGGAGCGGGGGCGGCCCCGUGGGUCCCUGGGGGGCCGGGAAGCCCGGCUCUCAGCCCCCAGCCCUGCCCGGCGGGCCCGGAGCCAGAGCCGGGAGGAGCAGGGCAUGCUGCUGGUGCGCAGGGACCGAGACGGGCAGCACUCAUGCCUGCCGCGGGGUAGAGGCAGCGGGGGCUCGGGCAGGAGCAGCCCCCAGACUCCCCGUACCCGCAGCCCUGUGGCACCCCGGCCUCCCCGCGUCUCCAGCCCCAGUCCAAAGCUGGGCACGCCAGCCAGUGUCUUCCGCACGCCCUUGCAGCUUGACCCCCAGCAGGAGCAGCAGCUCUUCCGGCGCCUGGAAGAGGAGUUCCUGGCCAAUGCCCGUGCCCUUGAGGCUGCCACUGCUGGCGGGACCCCCACUGGACCGGCCCCUGAUCCAGCUCGGGCUCCGGAUCCUCCAGCCCCCGACUCAGCCUACUGUUCCUCCAGCUCCUCCUCCUCAUCCCUCAGCUUCCUGGGUGGCAAAGGUGGCCCCCCUGGGGACCCUGCCAGGACAGCCAAUGGGCUGCCUAGGCCCCGUGGCCCAGCCCUGUCCAGCUCUUCUGAUGAGGGCAGCUCCUGUCCUGGUGUGGGGGGGCCACCAGAUGCACUAGGGAGCCCCUUGGCCAGCCUGGAGCCCUCACAGACCUGGGCACGGGGCCGGAUGGACACACAGCCAGACCGGAAGCCCUCACGCAUCCCCACUCCACGGGGCCCCCGCCGCCCGUCGGGACCCAUGGAGCCCGGGGCCUGGCAUGCCCUGCACUCGGUCAACCCACGGGCUGAGCCGGAUUCCUGGAUGUGAUGGAGCAGCCGAGCUGCCCCAGCCCCUCCUUCCCUCCUUCUGCUUUUCCUCUGUGGCCUUAACCCCUCUGCAUCAGGGAGCCCCCUCUGCCUCCCGGGACCAGACCUUAUGGGACCAGACCCCCUCGGGACCACAUGGCACAAUGGGACCGGCUGUUGUACAUUCCGGUUGGGGGAUGAGCAUUGCUAUUUAAUUACUAAUAUUUUUGAAUGCCUUAGAGGAGGCCUCUGUGGGCCCGCAGAACCUCCGACAGUAAAGUUUUGCUCCAGUCA